AUGACGAAGGAGAUGAUAGAAGAGAUGGUGAUAGUAGGAGGUUUAGUAAUGGUUCAAUUUGUAUAUGCAGGCAAUUCUGCGCUCAUGAGUUAUUUGAUGUCACUUGGUCUUGGCCCUUUCACCAUUGUUAUCUUCUCUACCUUUGCCACUUUCGUAAUCCUCUCCCCUUUCGCCAUUUUCUUCGAAAGGAAGCAAUGGCCAAAUGAGUUUAGCUCGAGGCUGAUUGGUAAGCUAGUUUUGAUCUCCUUUGCAGGGGUUACUCUGUUCCAGUCUCUGUUUCUUGAAGGAAUCAAGUUGACAUCCCCAGCAAUGGCCACAGCGAUGCCUAAUCUCGCUCCUGGUCUCAUAUUCUUCAUCGCGUGGAUCGUUAGGAUAGAAAAGAUGAAUAUGAAAUGUGUGUACAGCAGAUUGAAGAUCUUAGGAACAUUGUUGUGCGUAUUCGGCGCUUUAACAAUGAGCUUAAUGCAUAGCGCUUCGAUCGAACACAGCGAAGAAGAUAAUGCUUCAGUAUUCGUGUUUGAUCGAGACAAAAUCGUGGGAUGUAUGUACCUUCUUGGAGCUGUCUUUGUCUUAUCAACCAACGUAGUUCUUCAGGCUUCGACAUUGGCUGAGUUCCCGGCACCGAUAUCUUUAAGCGCGAUAACGGCAUUGAUCGGAGUGGUGAUAACAACAAUGGUACAAUUAUUACAAAACCAGAACGCAAGAGUAUUGACUAGAUCAUUUGUUAGUGUCGGUAACCUCGUUGGUUUUUCUAUCCUGGGAGGGACAGUGAGUGGAGCUUGUGUGAGCUUUAAUGGAUGGGCAAUGAAGAAACGUGGACCGGUAAUGGUUUCAAUGUUUAGUCCUUUCGCUACCGUUAUUUCGGUUGCUUUCUCCGUUUUGGCACUAGGAGAGUCCAUUAGCCUUGGAAGUGUGGGAGGAAUGGCAUUGAUGUUCAUAGGACUGUACCUUGUGUUAUGGGCUAAAGGCAAAGAAGGUUUCUCACAAAUUGAGAGUUUUGAGUGUGAGUUUGACUCUAAGAAACCUCUUUUAUCUUGA